AUGUCAGGAUGGAAAGUGGAUGACCAGAAUCUCAACACCAUUUGUCCAUAUUGUGUUCCACCAGAGGAGGUGAAAUCAGAAGCGGAGCGUAGUGGGAUCUUUGCCCCAAGGCUCACUGUGCGUCUUGAAAAGCGAGACAAACCAACAACAAGCUGGUAUCGACUGAAUACAUUUGAUGCUGAUUUGCAGCAGGGUUCACCUGCCGUGACAGAAGAUUCGCCGCAAGAUAUCUGCGUGUCGUAUGUAAGCCCCUUGGUACUGCGUCGUGAGGUGGAGACACUUCUGGCUGCGGACCUUUACGCUCUGAAGGAUCCACAGAUUAUGACAAGUCAUCCUGUUGUUUUCUGGAAUUUGGUAUUUUACCUUCGACGACUUUCGUUACCUUCCCAUCUCUACAUGUGGAUAUCACAACGGGCUCAUGUUAGAUGUGUAUAUGAUCGCCCUCUAGACCAUGUUGGUCCCACACCUCUCUACUUGGUAAAUCCAAACCAUAAGUUCACGUCACUAGAGAUAAGUCGUUCUCUACCAGUUUGGAAGAAUGUAACCCAAUCGGUGCAAGACAACAGGCUAUUCACUGCGAUACAAACCCUCAUCAAUGAUAGCCGAAGAGUGACUGAAAACGGCCAGAUCGCUCUGGGUCCGCAUUUCCCGGUGUUCAGGGAUAUACAAUUCGCGAGUUUGGAUGUGUUUGGUCGUGCUCUUUUGAGGGACAGUCUCGAUAAGCAAUACGUUGAAGAGUACCACAAACUUCCACCUCGCAUUAUGUGUAUCAUGCCGCAGCAAGACAAACCUCAAAGCCCCGUGCAGCGUGCCUGUCGCAAAGUUUUCCUUCCAUUGGAUCUAUUCUGA